AAAGCCGAAGUGUAUUCCUCAGUAUCCUGACUCCUCCCCAAAGAACAAGGCAGAAAGGAAGAAACGCGUAACUUCACUGCGCUGUGAACGCAGGUUCGUUCGUUCCCAACGAGAUUCGUGCCACUUAUUGCCAGAUUUCUUUCCUCUCCUUUUAUAACCCCCAUCCCUCCUAUAUCGGCAAACGUUAACCUAGUCAUCUCUCUCUCUCUUUCUCUUAUUCAGUCGCAUAUUUAUUUUUCGUUGCUCGAUCAUGGUUGAGGAAGAUUUGAGAUCGCAGGCUGAGAUGAGAAAGGAGGAGGAUGAUGGGGAGCAGAGGCAGCUGAAGUACCUAGAGUUUGUGCAGGUGGCAACAAUUCACGCCAUGAUGUGCUUCUCGAACCUCUACUGUUACGCAAAGGACAAGGCGGGUCCUCUGAAGCCUGGGGUUGAGACUGUCGAGGGCACCGUUAAGAGCGUCGUUGGACCUGUCUACGACAUGUUCCACGACGUUCCUAUCGAGGUCCUCUUGUACGUGGACCGCAAGGUUGAGGCGUCUGUGACUGAAUUGAACCGCCAUGUGCCUCCAAUCAUCAAGCAAGCUUCUUCCCAGGCCUUCUCAGCUGCUCAAAGCGCCCCAGAGGUAGCUCGAGCUGUUGCCUCCGAAGUUAAGCGUUCUGGAGUGGUGGACACCGCUUCAGGUAUUGCCAAAUCUGUUUUCACCAAAUGUGAGCCAACUGCUAAAGAUCUAUACUCCAAGUAUGAACCAAAAGCAGAGCAGUGCGCCGUGUUAGCUUGGCGCAAGCUCAAUCAGCUGCCCCUCUUUCCCCUAGUGGCUCAAGCUGUUGUCCCAACCGCAGCUUAUUGUACAGAGAAGUAUAACCAAACAGUUCGUAGCACUGCAGAGAAGGGUUACAGGGUUUCGUCUUACCUGCCCUUGGUCCCUACAGAAAGGAUUGCCAAGGUUUUCAGUGGUGCUGGUGCUGAAUCAGAGCCUUUGCUUACCAAUGACAAUGAAGCUACUGUGGCAGCCCAUUGAUGGUGUGAUUUUCGCUUGUUACAGUCCCUUCGAACACCUUUGGUAUCGGUAGUGCACCAUGAACCUGCAGUCGACUGUUUCGACACCCCUCCCCCUAAUAAAAAAAAGUCCAUUAUUAUUUGCAUCUGAAGUUUACAUAAACUCGGAAGAACUCCUCAUCUGGAAAAGUUGUUACCGAGCAUCAAAGUCCCCCCAUAUUUUACGUUAUUGACCAGAAAAAUCGCAGAGCAGCAGAUUGGAGUUGAAACAGUUAACAUUUUGCUUGUGAUUCAUUUUAAAUAAACUUUUAGUACGUAAAGAGAGUCAUCUUCAUCUGGCCAUCUCGAAGAUGUUUACUUCUGCUUUUUCCUCUGUAGAUUGUGUGAAUUAGCAUUACCAACUUCUCUAUUACCCCCUAUUGAAUUCUUUGUGGUACACUCUCGUCAGUGAUGAGAGGGGCUGGCUUAGAAACAAAUCUCACAAAUUUUUUAUGAGUUUGUAUGGAGACAAUAUUGAUUUUGACUCAUGAGACUUUGAUGCCA